GGCAGAAACCUGUUUGUGUGUGAGGCCAGAAACCAGUUUCUUGUCCCUAGUGAGUUUCAGGUGCAACCUUCCCGCCACGCCUUGAUCCUUGAGGGAGUGGGGGAGGAUCGAAGGAGGGACUGAGAAGCGUAGGGGAAAAGUGAAGCACAACAAAAGCAACUUGCAGGGGUUGGAGAGCUAUAACGCUGUGCUGGGACUGGACAACUGAUUUGUUAUUGAACCAUUUGUUGGAGACAAAGCAGGUCCGGGGGUCGGAAGAUCCAAGGGGACUCUGUGGAGCGGCACAGGUGUUUGUACAGGUUUCUCUUUGUCGUGGCAAUCUAGGGAAACUCGUGCAACACCAUGUCAGCCAGGCCAUUUGAAAGUCCCCCUCCAUAUCACCCGGAUGAAUUCAGCAGACCAUCAAACUAUGCCCCAAGCAGGGACAUGUACAGUAGACCCUCAAAUUAUGCCCCAAGCAAAGAUGUGUAUGGUGGAGAGAUGCGCUCGCAGCCGGCCUACUCUUACUACCCGGAAGAAGAAAUACAGCAUUUUUACAGGUGGAGCUCCCCUCCUGGUAUAAUAAAGAUCAUGUCUAUUCUAAUCGUGGUCAUGUGUGUUGGUAUAUUUGCAUGUGUGGCUUCAACUCUACCCUGGGAUCUGGACAUCACUGGACAGUCUAUGGGUUAUGGCAUGGGGAGCGGCAGUUACAGUGGUGGCUACACUGGAUAUGGCUUUGGAGGCUCACAGAUGGGCUUGGGUUUUGCAUAUGGAGGAAAUUAUACUGACCCAAGAGCAGCAAAAGGCUUCAUCCUUGCUAUGGCUGCUUUUUGCUUUAUCAUUGGUUUGGUGAUAUUUGUAAUGCUUGUAACAAGGACUCCGACUUCCACCUCCAGAAAAUUCUACCUGAUUGUAAUCAUCGUCAGCGCAAUUAUAGGAGGCCUGGUCUUCAUCGCCACCAUUGUUUAUACCGUAGGAGUAAAUCCUGUAGCUCAGGCUUCUGGAUCGGCUUUCUACACCCAGAUUGUGUCCAUAUGCAACCAGUUCUAUUCCCCGGUACAAACUGGAGUGUUUGUUAAUCAAUAUCUUUAUCACUACUGUGUGGUAGAGCCCCAAGAGGCAAUUGCAAUAGUCCUUGGGUUCUUGAUUGUUGUAGCCUUUGCCAUUAUUAUCUUCUUUGCUGUAAAAACCCGGAAAAAGAUCAACCAAUAUGGCAAAACAAACAUCCUCUGGAAGAAAAACCACAUUUAUGAAGAUGGGGAUCCUCAAGUUGAACAAUGGGUUAAAAAUGUAGCUGAAAAUUCAGCACCUGCCUUGUCUGAUUACAAUGAAAAAGUCGAUGGUUCUGUAGCGGACUAUAGAAGUGCAAAUGGGGUUCAAGCCUACCCAUCACAGAACAACAUCUCUCAUCCGAUAGCAGAGGAGGAGUUGCCUUUGAAAGAAGACUAUGGAAUGUCCCCACGUCAUUACAGCAGUAGUUCUGAUGCCACAACCAAGAAAGCGCCUCCUAAGAAGCGGCCAGGAAAGCCCAGGAGGUCCGACCUUGAUACCAAUGAAGGAGGUUAUAAUACAGGAGGAGAGUCUGCCGACGAGUUGGAAGAUGAUAGCUGGGACAGCGAGUACCCACCCAUUACUUCAGACCAGCAGCGACAGGAGUACAAGCAAGAGUUUGCCAGUGAUCUGCAUGAAUACAAACGGCUGCAAGCAGAACUUGAUGAGCUUUCUAAAUCCCUGUCCCAGCUGGAUCGAGAACUGGAUGAUCAUCCGGAAGACAGUGAAGAGUAUAAGACUGUUGCAGAUAAAUACAACCGGCUUAAGGAAAUCAAAUCGUCUGCAGAUUACAGAAACAAGAAGAAACGAUGCAAAGAGCUGAAGACAAAACUGAACCACAUUAAACAAAUGGUCAGCAAUUAUGACAAAUAAGAGACUGCGACUUUUUAUCACCUGCUCAGACUGUUAUCAGCUGCAAGUUUAGCCGCUGCAUUGCAAUGGAUUCAUGGACCUUCCUGCUGUCGGGGGUUUCGGGGGCAAACUGAACUCAUAAAUAGAUUUAUACGUUAAAUGGUUAAAUCUAUGACUGAUCAGCUUCAUUUUCCUUUUUAGUAAUUGAGUAUCAUCCAGAGAGUACAUCAUAUAUUCAAAUCAUCUUUUUGUUUUUAUUGCAGGUAAAACAUGCACAACAUGCAACCACCUGAUGAAGGCGAAUGUGCCGAAACAUGUUGUGCAUGUUUUACCUGCAAUAAAAACGAAAAGAUGAUUUGAAUAUAUGACGUACUCUGUGGGUGAUACUUUAUUACUACUUUGAAUGUUGGCAUCCAGACACGGGGGCUGCUACCUGUUGAGGAGUACUGUGACACAGGUUUGGAAACUGACAAUCCAAAUGUAAUUUUUCUUUUUGCUUUGCGUGUAUUUUUGUAACAUGAAGAUCUUUCCUUUUCCAUUAUUCUAUGACAGAUCAGAAGGAUGCGUGGCAGUUUCCAGCAAAGCUGUUCAGCAGCAGUUUUAAUAAUAGGCUAUAAUAACGUCCUAACAAACAAGGACUUAUAUAUAUAUAUAUAUAAAUUUUUUUUUUUUUUUUUAAGUUAAGCAGAAUAUCUCUGAAUUUCUGCUGUAGUCGUUCAGCCCAUUUGAAUGACAGUAUAUGAGUAACUGGCUAUAGCUUUUCCACUUCUUUUGCAUAAAAUGUCCUGCAUGUGUGUUCCCUCACCUGCUGAGUUCCCAGAAACCUCUGUUAGCCAAAAGUUCUAUAACGAUUCAGAAAGCUGAAGUUGGAGGAAAGUAAACUGACUUCUUGAGGAAAACCAUGCAUGAUUAUAUCCUCACUUACUGCAGUUACAAGGCAACAGUCUCAUUAUAGGAAGACUUUCAGAUUCAUUUUAAAUGUGCUGUUUUCCACUGCUAACUAUGGACCUUCCAAAAUCUUGGUAAAGCUUAGCUUGCUUUCACUAGUUACAGAACAAAAGGAUGCUUAGAAUACCUAAUAUGAUUCAUGUGACUGCAAAACAAAUGUAUUAUAUGAGAACUGUGAUUAUAACCAGCCUCUGCCAAUUCAUCAGCCUUUAGCAUAAACCACUUUCGAUGUUACUUUGUGUGAAUGUGCCCAGAGCAGAGUUGUGUUCUUUUGUUACUUCAUUAUUAUGUGGUAGCCAUGAAGUGCCUUCUAUUUUAAUUCUCUGUACAAUUAGCAGUUUGAUAGAAUCUAACAUUUAUUCAGAUACACCAUUAGCUACAUUGUAAAAUGUAAAUGGCAAUAAGACAGUGUACAAAAUACUUUUUAUAAAAAUAGUUUCUCUGUUAUUGUUAAAUAUUUAGGGUAGGAUUUUGUAUAAUAAGGUGUGUGCAAUGCCUGCAAUGUAUUUACAAAGUGUAAUGAAUGUUUCAUCAAGUUGUUAAGAGAUGGCAAUUUUGUAUUUGUAUAACUCCCUUUUGGACAGGGGCAAUUUAACUUUUAUAAAUGAAUUGUUCUGUGUGUGUAUAUAGCUAUUACACAAUAAAAUUUUCAAGCUUU